AAGGUUCAUCUCUAAUUAUGAAUUGAGUUGGCAAAAACAUGUAAACGUUGAUGAAUUAUGCCCAUUUAAAUCUCGUUGGGCAACCAUGGCUGAAGAGACAAUAAUUCUUGUUUUGUUAGUUUUGGUUAUGCUUGUUGGAUCGUAUUUGGCAGGGAGCAUACCGAUGCUGAUGAAAUUGAGUGAGGAAAAACUGAAAUUUGUCACUGUGCUUGGCGCUGGAUUAUUAGUGGGCACUGCUCUGGCCGUCAUAAUACCGGAAGGUAUAAGAUCAUUGUAUAUGGGCAAUGGGCGACCCCAACAACCAACUCCUGACCCAGAGCAUCAAGAUUACUCACAAACUAUUGGACUUUCUCUUGUGCUUGGUUUUGUCUUUAUGAUGUUGGUGGAUAUAUCACAACGGAAAAGCAAUGUCGGAAGCGACAAAAAAAACAAUGCUACCCUGACUCUUGGAUUAGUAGUUCAUGCUGCAGCUGAUGGAGUAGCUUUGGGUGCAGCAGCCACGACAAGCCAUCAGGAUGUUGAGAUAAUUGUAUUUUUAGCUAUAAUGCUUCACAAGGCACCGGCGGCAUUCGGGUUGGUGACCUUCUUACUGCAUGAAAAAGUAGACAGGCAGCAAAUUCGAAAACACCUGGCAUUGUUUUCCUUAUCGGCUCCGCUUUUGACUAUAUUAACGUAUUUUGGAAUCGGCCAGGAGCAAAAGGAGACGUUAAAUUCUGUAAAUGCGACUGGGAUAGCUAUGCUAUUUUCCGCAGGAACGUUUUUGUACGUUGCCACAGUUCAUGUUUUACCAGAACUUACCCAGGGGGGGUUAUCACAGAACGAUCAGCAUAAUUAUCGUUUGCUAGAGGAAUCUCGUGAUGUUGCGAAUGACAAAAAUGGAAGCAGUAGUAUACAAUCGUUGAAGUAUAGUGAAUUAAUAAUUAUGAUUUGUGGUGCGCUGCUUCCGCUAGUUAUAACAUUUGGACAUAAGCACUAGGAUAUCAUACCAACAUUCCUGUCAAAUAAGAUUGUGUACAAAUUAAGAGAUAAUAUGCAACAUACAGGAGUGCUAUAGAAGUAGCGGAAUUCGUGUAGAAAUUAAAUUGACGCACGUAAGAAACCGCAAAUCUAUUUCUGUGGCACUCACUCUAAUUUGUGUAAUAACUUUAAGGCAAUUAAAAUAUUACAGUUAAAAUAAAAUUGUAAAAAGGUGUUUGGUAAAA